AUGGUGAAGACAUUCAGCAAAGAAUUUCUACUGAAGGCAACUGAAGUAUUAAGAGGUUAUUACGAUACUGUGAUGAUGAUCAAAAAGAUCUUUAAGAAGAGGCAAAUGUUCGCAUAUGUUUCCAAUAGAAUUGAUUUCAAUAUUGUAAAGACGAAGAAAGAACAACCAAGAAUGUCAGAACAGAAGAGGAACUACAAGACUAAAAAGCACUCCUCUCGAAGUACUAUAAUGAUCAAUAAGCUGUUGGAACAUCCUGACGAUUGUAUGGAGUCUGGUGCCCUAUUCAUAUUUGCAGAUUACGAUUUUGAUGCUUCUACAAAUGCCAUCAAGGCUUAUGCAUCCAUCAGUGCAAAGUGUAACAAGAGAAUAGCACUGGAAACUACAAAGGUGUUCAAGAUGGUUUGA